AUGGCCCAGUUUCCGGAGCGGAGGGAAUGGGAGGGCGAAUGGAUGCUUUCCACUGCCUGUGUCGUCACCAGCGGAUGCUGCAAAAUCAUUCCCACACUGACAGAUCUCUGCAACCCACGUCGACGUUACCCAGGCCCCAAACCUGACAUUUUAUACCGGCUGGAGCGUGGGGAAGAGCCGUGGGUUUGCACACCGCGGAGCCCAGUGAGGUGGGACGGUCCCAACAGCCCCUCUCCAGGACACGGCGGGGACGUGAGCUGCCCGGAGGAGCCACCCUCUGGCUGGUGGCCUGGUGCUGGUGGGUGCCGUGGGCUGGAGGAGAGGACACGGGCUCCCUGCCAGGUGAGGGAACAGCAGAACAAAAAGACGGAUCCUCGGGAGAGUCUGCACGGUGACCCCGGGGAGAGGUUUCGGGACAGUCCCCGACAAGGUCAGCGCCCCUCGGGAGAAGAGACUUUUCUCCAGGGAAACGGGGAGCUGUCUGCCGAGGAGCUGAACGAGACCAUUUUGAAAGACCACUGUUACUACGCGAUGAGUGCGAUGCAGCUCUGGCAUUGCGCCCCGCAUCUGUGUCCUCUGAGAGAACACGACUACUGCAGGGACCACGAGGCUGGCGUCUCAGCGCUUAAAGACCACGAAUACUGUCAGGUGCAAAGGGUUCAUUAUCAGGACAGAGUUAAUAAAGUUGUUCCUCUGACUCGUAGGACUCCGUCCAUGCUUCACAGGCUGGCCAACCAAAAAUCCCAGAUCGGGCGAAUCAUCAGCAGAUCCAAGCGAAUUAUGUGGCGUUGCAAGCGUGUUGGCAAGAGGUUGGCGUUUCCUCGGGGUCCCUCUGGCGCCUGCGGUCUUUCGAAACCCACUGUCCCCCUUGCCAAGGCAGAAGAGAACCCCGCGAAGAGAACGUGUGGGGCAUUUUGUCCUUCAGCAAAGCAGGAGACCGCGCUCCCCCCGCCUCGGAGUCGGGGCACCUCCCAUAGGGUGACGUCAGAAGCACGUUGCACCCCUGGGGUGUCAUUUGAACCCAUGGCUGCACCCCCACCCUCAAAUCCAGCUACAGAGGGGAAGAGGGAAGCGGCGCACCCCAAGGCGUGCGUACACUGCGAGGCGCAGAGGGCACGGCCGAUCUGGAGCCCUGACACAAAGCAGAACACCAAAGGACACCAACUCGUGAAUUCAAAGUAUGUAUCACUGCAUAGUGCGUAUAAAAUGGUGAUGCGGACUGUCGACCACGUGUUGGACUCCGUGUGCCAGAACUUUGAGCUUGGGGGCUACUCUCAGCGUAAGAAUAUCUGGCCCACCAUCAUUCGGAUAGAUAGAUGA